UGUGUCGAGAGAGAAAGGAGAUGAGGAAGAGAAAAGAGAGAAAGGGAAUUGAGUGCCGCCCAGAAACCCUAAACGCAAAUCCAAUUAAAGAAGAAGAUGAUGAAAAGAAAGGCAAAGAAGGAAAAGGGUUCUUCGCUUGCUAUCUUUUAACUUCUCUCUGCCCCCGUUACAAGGGCCACACCUAAACAUCAUUCACUGUGAAUCCGAGCCGUCGAAUAAGGCAGCAUAAUGGUGAAAUAAGGUGUGGCGCUUUUAGAACGAAGACGAGACGCCCUUGGGAAAUGGUUUUAUGCAUUUAUGGCUUCCCAACAAAUGUGUCUGCUCUUCAGUUUGAGUGGGCCUGGCAGCACCCAGCAAAAUCACUGGCUGUGAGGCAGGCAGCAGCAACUUUUAAACCCUCUGGAGUUGCUAAUAAGAUUAAACUCGCAUACACAAUGCUCAACCUCCCCAACUGGCAGAGCCUGAGUAUCACUGUAAACUAUUUUUCAACGAAGUACAUGAAACAUGCUGCUAGUUGCCCAAGCCUGCCAGAUCAUAUGAAGGUCCAAGUUCGUUCAAUGAAUGGUCUUCCCUGCUAUACGAGAAGAGAGGAGAGUUUAUUUGGGGAUGAAGAUGGUUGGGGUGAUGAGGAUUGUGAUGAAACUAGCGACAACAGUGGAAGUUUGGAGGAAACAUCAACUGAUAAAUCUAUUAAUGCUUCAGAAGAUUUUUCACAUGGCAAUGAUGAGGCUUUCUGUGAACAAUUAGCGCAGGUUAGACAGUACGGAGAUGGGCAACCAAGAGACUCAUCAAGUCUAGAGGUAGACUGUCAACAGUCUUUUGGUUCGAUCAAUUUCCUAACUAGAACAACAUCUUCAGUGGUUACCAGCAUUCAUUUUACAGCAACAACAAAAGAGGCAGAUACGUUUGGAUUUAUUCAUGGGAGUACAAAUGAAUUCGGUCCGCAAAAAAUUGAACAAUUUGGUGCUGCAGUAAACACAGAUGAAAAUCAACCACCAUGGCUGAAGGAGAAACAACCUAAAACUACUGAUGUUACUAAUAAAGAUCAGCAAACAAUCCAAACUUCUCAAGUUUUUCCGAAAGUCGAGAUUAUAGAUUUGUUGACACCAUCUCCUAGCUGCAGAAUCAGGCCAUGCGAUAAGAAGAGAAGGGUUUCUAGUUUUUCUCCUGUGAUCAUUGAUUUGACUUAGGCCUACCUCUCAGUGGCGUCAAAUAAAUAGGAAAAAGAAUAAAAGAGGAAAGAGAAUGAUAAAUGUUGCACUACAGUAUUUAGUGUUUCUCCUGUACUCAAGAGUCUAGGCUUCCAGUUUCGUCCAAUAAUAUUAUUUUGGACAUACUGCUAUCAAAUAAUCGUGAAAAGAACAAAAAUGAAAACAUUCAUUGUACUCUGAUGAUGUUUAUUACGUGGAAAUUCUUUUUCAUAAUAACAGAUGAUUCGUCCCUCUUGUUCU